GCAUCGUGCAGAAGCAGAAAUAUUUAUGGAAGGAGCAAGGGGAGCUUUGGCAACUUGGCUUUGUUUCACUGCUUUACUCAAUUUGUUGUUGCGAUCACUUUCCCUACACAAUUAUACCUGCAGGAACUAGUGCUUUCUACAUCACUGCUUUUCUGCUUGUCACUGUUUUUUGCAAAGAAAACGUAAAGUGAACGCUUUCUCUUUGCCUUUCUAUUCCAUCUACCUAAAUGUCAUGCUACCUUGCAAACUUGAAAAUCCUCUAGUGUCUUUACCUUUCCGAACUCUCUCUCUCUCUUUAACUUUCACUUUUGAUUUUCCUUCCUUCAUUGAAUAACCCAAACAUUUUGAUUCUUUUCUUCGUUGAUCCGCCUCAAUAUAUAAGCCUAUUGAAGCUAGCGUUUGAUCUUUAUAGCCCUUUAUUUUUCCCCCCAUAAAAUCCCACUUUCUCUGUACGUUUUUAUCAAGGCUUCUAUUUUUAUGCGUUCCUUGUAACACCUUCUGAUAAGCCAACUUCCAAUUUUGGAGUUCCCAUUCAGUAGUAAAUUCGAGGAAGAGAAGCCAUGAAAGAUAGAGGCAAAGCCGUGGAAGUAUACAGCAAUGAUUUUUUCCAAGAUUAUAGCAGUUCAUCAGAUCUUCCAUGUAAGAAACAUCCGCAAUCAUCUUCGGUUGGUAUAUGUGCUUAUUGUCUCAAGGAUCGUUUGGUGAAGUUGGUUUGCUCGGAUUGUGGAGAACAGCGUCUCUCUUCUUGCUCUUGCUCCGAGAUCUCCUCCAACCCUCGAACUUCAUGCACUGGUGAGGUAGGCAGCGUUGGUCGUGUCUCAUUCUUGAUAGAGAAUGACAACAAGGAUCAAGUUCCGAAUCCAAGUUCUAAGCCCAAAAGCAAUAGUGGAGAAAAAUCUGAAGAAGUUUUCUUUCUCAAGAGAAGUAACAGUAGCUGCGUCGAGAUCAAAAGAAAGAACGGAUUUUGGAGAAUUGGAAGAUUGUUUAGGAAGAAGAGAGACAAAGACAAUUGUGGGAAGAGUGUUGGUGGAGUUGAAGAGAAAAACGAUUUGUGGGUUGUUGAUUACAUGGGUGUGUCUAGGUCAAGGUCACUUUGCAGUUUCCGGGGAGGUGGGUUUUUUGGAUCAGAAGAUGGAGGUGACUUGAUGAAUUUUUCAGGGGCUAGGAGCUCCAUUUCAGCUGCCAGGAGUUCUAGCGUCAAUGGUGGUCUGUGUUAUGAUCCUGAAAGGAAAAGUGGGUUCAGCGAAGCAGAGCCAAGAAAAAGUGGUUUCGAUAGUGAAAGAAGAGACAGUACUUUUAUGGAGUCUGAUAUUGCUGAUAUUAAAGCUGUGAGAAAGGGUGGGGUUCUCAUGGAUCUUGACGGUGGUUUUAGUAGUGUGAACAGGCGUGUGUUUUCUCUUAAAGAGAGUUAUUUUACUGGUGGGGAUGAUUCAGGCUUCAUUGACUUAAAGUUUGACUUCCAAUCAGAAUCUAAAGGAGAGAUCCCUGCUCUGAAGAAGGGUGGUUUGUCAGACUCACACUCUGCUUUUGGCAGCACGAGGGGUGGUGAUUUUGUGCCACAUGAAUCUGGUGGUUCUAUUCGAAAUGCCUUGGUCGGAGAUGGGGCCUUUUGCAAUGGAGGUUCGUGUAGGAUUACAGUGAAUGAAAGAGGAAUAAAAAAGAGUAGAAAAAGUUUCAAGGGCUGGCGGUGGAUUUUCAAGCACCACCCAAAUUGGAGCGGUACCAGGAAGAAAGACGAAGACCUUAUGGUCAAUCAUUGAAUUCCUGAUUAGCUUAGGCCAAUAUUUCAAUCUUUGUUUUUUUGUGUUCUUUCAUGUGUAUUUUGUCACAUCUUUUCUGAUGUAGUUAUGCUGAUUUAAGUAAUGAAAGAGAAGUUGGGUCAUGUUUGCCAAGGAGGAUGGUAUUCCUCCCUAGAGAGUC